AUUUUGACACACAGAGCUAGUCCAGAAGGCUUUCACAUUCUUCGUGUCAUUUGCAGCUACCUGCAGCUGGACAGCUUGAUUGGACUUGACAUGCAUACAGAGCAGACACUUGCAAUGCUGGAUGCUGAAUUCCUUGACUAUGUAGAAUGUGCUAUGACUUCCACUGUUGAAGAUCUCAAGACAGACUGGAAUUUCCCCAAGACACAUCUUUGGACUCACGCUUGGCGGGAUAUCACACAGAAAGGUGUGGCGCGUAAUUACAGUACACACCCUAACGAGGAGCUCCAUGGCCCCUUGAAAAUGACCUAUGUUCUUCGCUCAAAUGGGAAAGACGUCGCUAAACAGAUCCUUCGAGUUGAUCACCACAAAUGCGCGUCCUUGCUUUUGCGAGGACGUGUAGACGCCCUUGACGAACAUUGUCGCCUGCAGGCCUUGGGUGAUGCCAUGGACAACUCAGGCGAUGACAUUGGCCACAUCGCCUUCGAUGGGCACAUCAAGCUCGGCUCUCCUCAAAGUUGCUCUACUAUCCAGGACAUUGAGAUGAGGCUGGGCAUCCAUGAUCGCGCAUUUCAAGGCUUCCGCAAGAAAUUCUCUGAUUUCAUCAACACAUCACUGCCAAGUUAUGGGUACCAGUUGACGAGAUGGGUGACCAUACUGGCUGAUUUCUUGGUAUGUUGGUUGAUUCUUGUUUAA